CGUAAUGAUGUUCGAGCGUUUACUACGAGACACGCAUUAGCAAAUUUUAAUGACAUGACUCUCAAUAAUGUAAUGAAACGCUAUAGGAAUGGAAGUUCAUCUUGUUCCAAACCUCUUGAACCUCUCAAAGAUAUCGAAAUAGCAAAAGAAGAAUGGAUUUCCACUAUGAGAACCCUUGAUUUGUCAGAAAAUUGCAACCGGAGUACGAUGAAAGUAUUGCAGCAAUGGCAAGACAUCAAAAUCAAAAUUCCGAUUACUGUUGGCAAAAUAAUUAAACUAGAUUCAAAUAAAAAAAUUUCUACUAUUGCAGAUUAUACAGGUAAAAUGCAAGCGAUUAUUCAUGAAAAAGUUCUUCGAGUUCACAGUCAACAACUUCAACUUGGAUCAAUUCUUGUGUUAAAGAAUGUAGCAAUCCUUCGUUCAAUUGAAAAUAUAUAUCUUAAUGUAACACUCACCAACAUUUGUUUGAUAUCAACGCCUGAACAAUUAAACAAUCUAGAGUCAACAUUACCUUGCCCAGUAUCACAUGCUACAUCAGUUGACCUUACUUAUAGACAUAAUGAAGGAGUAGGCUCGAAUAGUGGCAAUCAGACCAAUGCUGGUAGUUCUGAUAAAAAUGAUUUGACGGUUAAUAAAGAAGGCUCAGAAUGUGGGGAAUCCACAAGGAUUAACGAAUCCCAAGUAGAAGUAACGUCGAUGUCGAAUGAUCCGGAAAACGAUAGCCUUAUGGUAUCUAAUAUAGAAGAUCCCGAAGAUAUUUCAUGGAUGUUGGAUGAUUUGGAAGAAGUAGUAUUAGUUGACUUUUAA